AAACGAUGAAAAAUAAUAAUUAAAUCAAGCAGAAAUAAAAUAUUUAAACAAAGUGUAUUUAUAAAAAAUUGAAAUCAUUCAUAAGCAUAAAAUUGAUACGUGAUUUAAUUACGGCCAUUCUAUGUUUCAAAUCAUUGAUCGAAGUUUUUAUAUCAGGCAGAAAGCCAGUGAGUGGAUCCAUAAGAUGUUAUUUUUAUGGAGUCGUGAGCAUGUUGAAAUACCCAAACCAAGUCCUUGGAUACAAUGGUUUGCAGCAACAUUAAUAAUAUGGACUUGUCGUCGUCAAAUAAUUAAAAUUAUUCUUGCAAUAUCACCACUGAGAUUACUAAAAUAUUUUAAUUAUCGAAAAAAUAAUAGUAAAAAUUUAAUUAAAAGAAAAACAAUUAAACAAAUUGUUAAUAAUAGUAAUGAAAAAAUAAGAAAAGAUAAUGAACAAAAAAAAUUAAGUAUGAUACUUCAUCCAAAAGAAAUGAUUAUUGAUGAACGAAUGAAACAAUUGUGUAAUGGUGAUGGUACACAUGUCAUGCCAAAUUGCAAUGGAAUAAUCCAAAUUCACUGCAGAGUUACAAGGAGUGGUCGAGUGUAUGGAAGAUAUCCGAACAAAGUAGUCAUUCAAGCCUGAACAAUAAAUAAUAAAAAACCAAAAAAAAAAA